UGUGUGUGUGUGUGUUAAUACCACUGUCAACAUGGCGUCGGCGAGGCCUCAGCGCUUCGAUUCUUCAGCUUUAAAGAGAAAGGAGGAGACUGAAGAGUUACUCGUGUUUGGAUAUUCUUGCAAACUAUUCCGUGAUGACGAAAAAGCUUUAUUCAUUGAUCAGGGGAAGCAUUUGAUCCCAUGGAUGGGAGAUGAUACUCUAAAAAUAGACAGAUAUGACGUGAGAGGCACCGUUUAUGAUCUACGUCCUCUAGAGCCACUUGGUGGUGGUGCUUCUGAUGCACUGUGGUCCACUCUGUCCGAUGCCGAAAGGAAAGUUGAGCAACUUUGUGAUGAGGAACGUUACCGUGCCUUGUAUCAUAAUGAAGCUGAAGAGGCAUUGUAUCAAGAGGAGGAACUGAAACGGUUACACAAGGCUCUAGACCCUCAGAACUCUUAUGGACAGGUAGCAUAUAGUUAUGAUGAAGAAACUGAACAAAAUGUAUCAACUGAUGCAGACAGUAAAGAUCCAUGUGAGGCAACUGAUGAGGAAGAUGAACCUUUUAUUCCACCCCCUGAACUUGAUGUACCUGUUGGCAUGGUCCUUCCAGAACGCACCAAACUCAAUGCCAUUAUCGAAAAGACUGCAGCCUUUAUCAACACACAGGGUCCUCAGAUGGAAAUUAUAUUGAAGAUGAAGCAAGCCAAUAAUCCGCAGUUCUCUUUUCUUUCGUUUGAUUGCCCCCUUCAUGCUUACUAUAGGCAUGUUUUAAUGGCUAUCAAAACUGGGAGAUAUUUGACAAGGCAACAAAGACAGCAGCAAGAACAGAAUGAUACAGAGAAUUCUGAAGAUUACCUCCAUCCAAGUCUUUCCAUCGCAGCCAAACCUGUUGAAUUGGCACCCAGUAUCCCCAGCAUCAGUUACAAGCCUUCUGCAGACUGCGCUUAUUCCAUGCUUGUUAAUAAGAUUAAAGACAGGCAAGGUAAAUUGACAGAUGACAAUUCUGGUCCUGGUUCACCGGGAGAGAGCGCGGGAAAAGACAAUAGUUCUCAAGUCAACCAUUCAAUUCUUGCACCACCACCUGACAUUCAGGUCAUUAUUGACAAAAUGGCAAGCUAUGUGAUCAAAAAUGGUAGAGACUUUGAAUCUGUUGUAAGGAGUAAAGGUGAUGAGAGAUUUGCUUUUUUGGAUGUGGGACACAAGUUUCAUCCGUAUUAUGAUCACAAAGUUCGUGUUUACCAAGGAUUAGAACCUCCUAUAAAUUUUAGUCAAGCCUCAACAAGUUGUAACAACUCUCAAAAGCCCAACCAAGACGCUGUUAAAAAAAAAGCGCUGCCAGACAAAAAGCCACGGCCAAUUCUUCUCCCAGGAUAUGAAUACAGUGAUGAUUCCUCUGAAUCAGAGGACAGUGAACAAGAAAACAGUAAAUCAGAUCAAAAAGGGAAACCAAAAUUGGCUCCAGUCUGCUUUUCAAUUAAAAAACCAAAAGAAGCAGAAAUAUUGAAAGAGGUAAAAAGUGCUCUUCCUGUUGAAGAAGAAAGCUCUGAGGGAGAAUGUGAUGGAAAAAAUGAAACAGCAGGCAAGCCAUCAAAUCUAGUUGAAGUAAAACCCCCAGAGCAGAGCAUUGAAGAUAGUUCUCCUCCUGCUUCUGCUUUAGCUACUCCAGAGGAAGAAAUGCGAAGACUUCAACAGUUACUCAGAGAAAAAGAGAAACAACUCCGGGAUCAGGAGAUGCAGAGAAGAAUUAAGGAAGAAUGCAAUCAAGAUAUUUUCCCUACAGAAAUAGACUCAAAGAUUGAAACUUCAAGUCCGCCUCCAGAGCCACCAUUAGCUGUUGAAACCCCACCCCUUGUCAAAGAUCCAAAAGACGACGGUCUGAGAAAUGUAAAUGAAAACAAUCAGUUGACCAAGGAGCAAAAAUGUGAAGACACAACAGAAGCCAGUGACAAGCCUCCACAUGAGAAAAAUGAUAUUAUGGAUAAAAAAAAUAUGACUCAAGACACUGCAGAGCCAAUAAAUGUGAUGGCAGAAGCAGAAGUAAUUGAUCUUACAGAAGAGGCUGAUGAUACUCCAAAAGUGUCAGAUACAAUGAGACAAGAAAGGAAAAGAAAGGCUGCUGCAUUUUUGAGCAGGCUGCAAAAAGAGCGCCACUUGAGUAAGAAUGGAAGUACUCAUCCUACCAGCGAUUCAGAUGCUGCCUCUAGGCAUUCCACCCCUUCUCCAACUCAAUUAAAGAGAGAAAAACAAGAUGCUGGUGUUUUAAAUUUCCAUGAGGCUAGCAUACCUAGAACUUCACUUAUGGCAAGACUAGCAGCUUCCUCUCACUUACCUCGGCAACCAACGGUUGAUAAGAAAAAGACCAUUAAAGGCUCAAGGAAGUCAGAAAGCCCUACAAAGCCAGUGAAAGGGAAGGAUGAUAAGUCAUACAAUAAACAAAGAAGCAAGAGGAAAAAGGAUGUAUCAUCAUCAACAGACUCUGAACCUGAGAGAUCUCGUUCUCGAUCCCGAUCUGUUUCGUAUUCUCGAUCACCAUUGCACAAACGGCGCCAAGCUGAUGAAAGUGAUGUUGAACAAAGAAAUCAUAGGCAUCAUAGAGAAAGCAGGAGUAGUAGCCACCGUAAGAAACACGAUGUAAUCGAAACAACUGAAACACCUCGAGAUCACAGCCCUAGAAGACACCAUCGAAGACGUGAAGAUGACCGGCGUGGUCACAGUUUUAGUCAUAGUCAUACUCAUGGUCAUGGGCAUAGUCGCACACGGCCACGUGGCCAAGGGCGCAGUCAAAGCCACAGUCAAAGUCACACGCCACCAAAGAGAAAUGAAUCUCAAGUCAGUGACAGUGAAUGUAGCGAAUAAGAUCAAAUUAAACUUAGAUAGCAUCUAUGUUUGUACUGUAUGUACAUUUCGAAGGUGUGUAGUGAAUUUCCAUGGCUAAUGACAAGUUUUUAUUCCAAGAGACUAUUUUUGAUUACAUAGUUCCAUUCAUUAACCUGUGGAAUCGUUUUUUUCGGUCAUCUUUUUGCUAUAAUAUAUUACUUACGUUAAAUUCGGGUUACAAUAGAAAUGCAAAUUAACUGUUAUGCUGUGUACAUCUGAAGUCUUUGUCCAAAGAUUACCAUUAGGUUGUAUUCUAGAAAGGAACCCUUCAGUUUGUGUCAUUAGAGAGGGCUUGACUAAAGAGUUCUUGCCAAUUGAUUUUCUGGUCCAUGUUAUGAUGACAAUUCUCAAUUUCAAACGGGGUUAAAUUUGUCUGACCUGAAGAUUUUAAGUUUAGCUGAAAGUAAUGAACUUUCUCUUCAUUAUUUGUACAUUUAUACUGUAUGUUAAUAGUUGACUACCUAUUUUGUAUAUCUCAUUUAUCGGGAAGUUACUGUAAUUAGUUGAAAUACAUAAUCUGUGAUCAUUGAA